GGCAGGGGUAACAAGGGUAGCUAGAAGAGAGGAAGAUGAGUAUUUGGAGGACUGGUGCGCUAAAACCUAGGACACCACAAGCCGUAGGCAGUGAUAUGACGGGUGGCUGUAUGGUAUGUUAAAAGAGGACUAUAAAUCGGCACUGUGCAGUGGAAUAUAAGGACAUGGUGAUUUGGGUGUGCAGAGGAAGACUCCGGGCUCUGGUCAGAUGCAGCCUCUUCCUGUGGUUCGUGGUGGUAUGUAAUGGGGGUCCUGACCCCAUCCAGAGAGACGCGUUGAUGCAUCAGGAGGUGUCCAGGCAGAUAGGAGGCAGAGAGACACUGACGCUGGCAGAACAGAAACUCGAUGCUCACCUCCGCUGGUGUAAACAGAAAGAGAUGUCUGCUGACCAGUUCCCGCCUUCUAUGCACUUCUUCAAGGCAAAACCGCUCAUUCAAAAAAGUCCAAUCUUUAACCUUCUGCAAAAGAUGCCUAAAGGUGGAGCCCUCCACAUUCACAGUUCAUCUCUGGUCAGCGUCGACUGGCUGGUGAAAAACGUCACCUACAGGCCAAACUGCUACAUCUGCUUCACGUGGGACAACUCCGUCCGUUUCCUCUUCUCUGAUCGCCAACCCUUCCCUCGAUGGGACUGCAUCUACUGGCAACUGCUAGAAACCCUGAGAGCCAAAAUGGGAGAUCCUACUGACUUUGAUAACAGUUUAAUACGGAAUCUCACCCUGUACACAGAGGACCCCGACGUCGCCUACCCGAGUCAAGAUGUGGUGUGGCAUAAGUUUGAGCGGGCCUUCAUCACGGCAGCAGGACUCAUCACCCACGCCCCCGUGCUGACGGACUACUUCUACAGGGGCCUGGAGGAGCUCCACCAGGACAACGUCAUGUAUCUGGAGCUCAGAAGUGGUCUGUCACGGACGUACGAGCUCGACGGAAGCAUCCACGACAAGGUUUGGUCACUGAAAACCUUUCAAGAAGCCACAAAGCGGUUCGUGGCGGACCACCCAGAUUUCCUUGGGGCUCGUAUGAUUAUCACCGCGCACAGGGCGCUGAGAGUAUCGGACAUCAAAGCCGCCGUGAGGGAAGCCAUUCAGAUGCAGAGGGAUUUCCCAGAGGUCGUCGCCGGAUUUGACCUGGUUGGCAGGGAGGACAGCGGACGGACGCUCUGGUAUUUCAGAGAGGCGCUGUCGCUGCCAGGUGACCUUGGAGCUGUGCUGCCAUAUUACUUUCAUGCAGGGGAGACGGACCAUGAAGGCACCAAAGUGGAUGAAAACAUUCUGGACGCCCUCCUGUUCAACACAACACGCAUUGGUCAUGGUUACGCUUUGGCACACCAUCCACUGGCCAAGGAGCUGUCCAGGAAAAGAAAUGUGGCCGUGGAGUUGUGUCCCAUCUCAAACCAGGUGUUAAAGCUGGUGUCAGAUCUGAGGAACCACCCGGCCGCUGUCCUGAUGUCGGAGGGUCAUCCUCUGGUCAUCAGCUCCGACGACCCGUCCCUCUUUGGCACCUCCGGCCUCUCCUACGACUUCUACCAAGCCUUUGUGGGCAUCGGAGGGUUGAAAGCGAACCUUGGCACCCUCAAAGAGUUGGCUGUCAACUCUAUCAGGUACAGUUCGUUGCCACCUCAGCUGAAGGAAACAGGCCUUGUUAUGUGGCAGAGCAAGUGGGACGUGUUCAUAUCUGAAAAUUCAUGACAGCCGUACAACAACAAAGGGAAUUUGUCGGUAACAUUUACCGUUUCAACAAAAGCAAAC